UGAGUAAUAUAUUAUAAUAACAAUAACUGUGCGAGGGAGGGGUCUGUGUGAAGAAGAAUUCCUACUUCCUAGUUUGGUUUUUGGGAAAAGCAAGUUAACCGCCGGGUGCACACUGCGCACUCUCUCUGACAAAGUUUUAUUAUUAUUAUUGAUUUCGUUUUUCAAUUUUACAAAAUCGGUUGGAGCCUUCGGCGGAUGCUUUUCCUCCUCACAGACCCGCCCGCCGAAUUCUCUCUGUGCUGCCCCAUACUUCUUUCUUUUUUUCUUUUUUUCCCCUGUGUUUCUCAAUCUAGGGUUCGAUCUGUAAUAAAGUUUUACAUUUUUCAAUUUCAAUUUUAGCCGCUGAAUUUUUCAUAAUCAAGACGGCGGCAGAUCAGGUUUUUUUGCUCAGCUUCUCUAGCAUACCGCAUCAAAGGGGCUUCUCUUUUUCUCGUUGGAGGUGGAUUCUUCUCUCUUCGUUUGCUAUCGGUGUUUGUAUUAUAGAAGUUGCUUCUGGCUGGCAAUGGCAGAAUUGCCGAUAUUGUGCCUUCCAUAGGCUCUCUGCAAGUUUUUUUAUAUGUUAUUUUGCGAAACAUAUUACUUCUUUGUUUAGUCCCUUGCAUCAGUUAUUGAUUUAGGAUUUUAUUGCUAAUCAUUGGGGAGCCUCUGCUACUCUUUUCAUGCUACAGAACCUAAUGAAAUUAGAAAUCUUUAAUUCUUUGUUCUUUUUUUUUUUCUUUUUUUUUUUUUUGGGUUAAUAAGGAUAUCCGAAAAUUGCAACUUAAUUACAUUACUGCAAGAACAAUCCUCCUCGUCACCCAGUCUUCCACAAAAUGUAUAUUUUUAAAUAAAAAGGAGCGGUGGAACCCUGAUACUAAAUAAUUUUUUCUCUUAUAGUCAAAUAUUGAAAGGAACAUCCGCUGCAUUUUUUUUUUUUCUGUUUUUAUUUGCGUAGCUAUGCUGUGUAGGAGUAAAUUAAAUAUUGCUAACGUGUUCAAUGCCCCUUCUUUUUUUAUAAAAAAGAAAAAUGGUUGUGGGAUAUGAGGACCAAGAUUGCUUUGACUUAGAAACCUGUGAUUUUAGUUUUUACCCGCUAGUAUUUUCCUCUUCUGCUUUGAGUAUGGAAUGCUGCCGAGUUAAAUUGUUGUUUACCCAAUUUUUGGAACCUUUUUAUAUGGUUGUAAAUGGAACAAUUUUAAUUAGAGAAUUAAGUUUAUUAAUCGUUGCUUUUAUGUGUCUCAACAUUUAGAGCUCGUCAAUAAUGGCGGCUGACCUCAAAGAGCGGUUACUUCCGCCGAAGCCUGCAUCAGCUGUAAACCUUAGGGAGGCAUCUUAUCGGCCAUCGGCAUCUGGAAGGCCACCAUUUCAAGGUGUGGAUGUCUUAGGACUGAAGAAGCGUGGCCAAGGCCUUAGGUCUUGGAUUCGAGUUGAUACUUGUGGGAACUCCCAGAUCAUCGAGGUUGAUAAGUUCACAAUGAUGCGUCGUUGUGAUCUACCUGCACGUGAUCUACGUCUACUAGAUCCUCUAUUUGUUUAUCCUUCAACCAUACUUGGUAGAGAGAAGGCUAUUGUCGUAAACCUAGAGCAGAUACGGUGUAUUAUCACAGCUGAUGAGGUGUUGCUUCUUAAUUCCUUAGAUAGCUAUGUAUUACAAUAUGUGGUGGAGCUACAACGGCGUUUGACAACAACAGGAGUAGGUGAGGUUUGGCAGUCAGAUAGUGCUGAUUUGAGUUGGAGGAGGGGAACUAGAAAUUUAGACAAUGUCUUUGGAAACACAUCUCCUGAUUAUUUGCCCUUUGAGUUUAGGGCUUUAGAAGUUGCCCUGGAGGCUGCUUGUACAUUUCUUGAUUCUCAGGCAGCAGAGUUAGAGAUUGAAGCAUAUCCAUUGCUAGAUGAACUUACGUCAAAGAUAAGUACAUUAAACUUGGAACGUGUGCGUAGGUUGAAAAGCAGACUUGUUGCCUUGACUCGGAGAGUUCAGAAGGUUAGGGAUGAAAUUGAGCAACUCAUGGAUGAUGAUGGAGAUAUGGCUGAGAUGUAUCUUACAGAGAAGAAAAGAAGGAUGGAGGCAUCUUUUUAUGGUGAUCAGUCUUUGGCAGGAUUUAGAUCUACUGAUGGUGCAUCCAUUUCAGCUCCUGUUUCUCCUGUCUCUUCUCCGCCUGAUUCUCGGAAGCUUGAGAAGAGCCUGAGCAUUGCUAGGAGUCGACAUGAUAGCAUGAGGAGUUCAGAAAGUACUACAGAUAGUAUAGAAGAGCUUGAAAUGUUGCUAGAAGCAUACUUUGUCGUUAUUGACAGCACUCUUAACAAGUUAACAUCGUUGAAGGAGUACAUUGAUGACACUGAGGAUUUUAUCAACAUUCAACUGGAUAAUGUCCGAAACCAGCUUAUUCAAUUUGAGCUAUUACUUACAACUGCGACAUUUGUGGUUGCGAUAUUUGGGGUGGUGGCAGGAAUCUUUGGCAUGAACUUUCCAAUAGGGUUGUUUGAUGAUGAAGGUGCCUUUAAGUGGGUCCUUGUAAUUACAGGGGUGUGUGGCGUCUCCAUAUUUUGUGCUUUCGUGUGGUUCUUCAAGUACAGAAGACUCAUGCCACUAUAGAUUGUACAAUGAAAACUGCAUAAAGUAGGAUUCAUUAUUUCACUUUUGUAUUUUGUCUAGAUAUAUGGCAAAUAGGAAAAUGAAAAUCCGGGUAAUUUGGUCCAAUUCUUUCACCUCAAUUGAGAAGCAUCUGUAAGAUACUUUUUAUAUAAUGUUAAAUGGAAAUCAAUUAUAUGCAUACUUUUAUAUAAUGUUAAAUGGAAAUCAAUUAUAUGCA